CUUUCUUCCUCUGCUUUUGUUUUUCUCGUCGUAGCCGGCGCUCCCUGGCGGAGAGGAAGAAGGAAGAGAGAAAAGAAGCAGAGGAGAUCGAUUCAGUCCGGCCUUGUCUCCCAUGGCGUCGCCGAAGGAACGCGAGAGCUUCGUCUACACUGCCAAGCUCGCCGAGCAGGCCGAGCGCUACGAUGAUAUGGUGGAGGUGAUGAAGAAGGCGGCGAAGCUCGACGUCGAGCUCACCGUGGAGGAGCGGAACCUGCUGUCGGUGGGAUACAAGAACGUGAUUGGCGCGCGGCGGGCCGCGUGGAGGGUGUUCAACUCGAUUGCGCAGAAGGAGGAGGCUAGGGGGAACGAGCAGCACGCGAAGAUGAUAAAGGAGUACAGGCUGAAGGUGGAGUCGGAGCUCUCUGACAUCUGCAGCGACAUCAUGACUGUGAUCGACGAGCAUCUCAUUCCGUCUUCGACGGCUGCGGAACCGUUGGUCUUCUACAACAAGAUGAAGGGAGAUUAUUACCGCUACCUGGCAGAAUUCAAGACUGGAAACGAAAAAAAGGAUGUUGCAGAUCAGUCCCUGAAAGCGUAUGAGGCAGCUACAAGUACAGCUGAGUCUGAAUUGUCUCCUACACAUCCAAUUCGACUGGGUUUGGCGUUGAACUUCUCUGUGUUCUACUAUGAGAUCUUGAACUCGCCAGAAAGGGCUUGCCAUCUUGCUAAGCAAGCUUUUGAUGAAGCGAUUUCUGAGUUGGAUACAUUGAGUGAGGAAUCAUACAAAGAUAGCACACUGAUUAUGCAACUUCUGAGGGAUAACCUCACAUUGUGGACCAAUGACAUCCCUGAGGAUAGUGCAGAUGAUCCUGCAAAGGGUGGAGCAGGUGAAGAUGCUCAGUGAAUUUUACCAGCUGUAGGACAAGGACGACCAGGUAAAGAAUGCUGUGAAAGAACAAUAUGGCAUGUGGGCUGGUGAUAGAUUAUUUUCAAAUAGUAUUUGGCUACUGGAGUUGCAUCACCUUUGAGUUUAUGUCCGUCGGAUGGCUUGAUAUUGACAAUGUCAUGUUUCUAGUAAGAUAUAUAUGGACAUUAGAGUGGCUCUAAUUCCAGUGUUCUUAAGUCCGUACUACUAGGCGUUGAGAUUUUUUGGUCUGUUUGAGAGUUUUUCAUGUUUACAUUUUAGUUCCUCAUACGUUUGCAACUAUUGAGCUUUUAUAAUUAUGCAAUUGGAGAAGUGUUAGGGAUAA